CUGGCCCAGCGCCUCUGCCCGCCGCAGGGCUGGGAGCCCAGCGAGGAGCUGCGCCUCGGCCUCGUCCAGCUCCUGGGCCUCCUGCUGCAGCGGUGCGGGGCCUCCCUCACCCCGUACCUCUCCGACCUUGUCCGCAUCCUCCAGGCCACCCUUCUCGACCCCUAUGCCGAGAUCAGGCGUGAGAGUUGCAGGUGCGCCGUGGCCUGCGCCCAGGCCAUGCCAGAGCACUUCCAUAUGCAGUCAGAGUCUCUGAUAAAUCCCCUAAUGCAAACAAUUUCACACCAGCACUACAGAGUUCGUGUGGAUGUAAUUCAGGCUACUGGAGCAGUGAUACAGUUUGGAAAUGGGAAGUCUGUGGAUGAUGUUCUGUCUCAUCUGGCACAGAGAUUAUUUGAUGAGAUUCCCAAGGUUCGCCAGGCUGUAACAACUGUCAUUGGAGAAUGGUUGUUGCACCUACGAGACAGAUACUCAUAUUUUCACAAGUUGAUCCCUUUGUUACUUGGCAGCUUUACUGAUGAAAUUCCAGAGAAUACGAAACUGGCUUGGACUUACUGGGAAAAAAUAGGCUUGCAGUGGGAGAAGGAGAAUGAAGAAGAACUGAAGGAUAAGAUGGAUUUUAGUGUUUCACCAUCUCAUUAUCCCAAAGGAGUGACUCGACCAGGACUGGGUUGUCGAGAACUUGUGUCAAGAAACCUCUCCAAAAUUCUUCCGGGUCUAUGCCAUGACAUGACAGACUGGCUUGAAAGCACCAGAAUCAAAGCAUCCCAGCUCCUGUACACAUUACUGCUCCAUGCAGAGGAUCACAUAACACAGCACAUGGAGCUGCUGCUUAGAACUUUAUACCAAGCAUGCCUGGAUGAAGAAAGAAACGUGGUUAAAAAUUGUGUGAAAGCAGCAGAAUUGAUUGGAAUGUUUGUCAGCCCCAAGGUGUCCUUGAGAUUAAUCACAUCAGCCUUUGGGAAGACACCCAAGCCAUCAUGUGUCAUGGUUCUAACUGCAGUCAUUCGAGGUAGCACAAAAGAAAUCUUACAGCCUCAUUUGGCUCAUCUUGGCAACACGCUGUCAGAAGCUGGAGUUUGUCAGCAGUCUGGAGAGGUCUUCUAUAUGGAGCAGUUGCUUUGUUGUGUGCAAGCAUUGAUUGAAGUAUGCCAGGAAGACUGCAAAGAAAUUAGCUUGCAGCUAAUGAAGGUUUUGGUGACAAUAAUGGCAACACCAUCUUCUCAGCACCUUAAGGAAAAGGUAGAGGAAACAAUGUCUUCAUUAGCUGAAGUGCAGCAGUUGGAUAGUUUUCUUUGUCUCUAUAAACAGCACAUGACUGAGCUUAUGGAAUGGGUGUCAGAGUCGUGUGAUUGUUGGACAAGCUAUUCUCCAGAACCAUUACAGUUGGAUGUCAUCGCAACUCAUUCAGGUCCUGUUAUAGGUGAAGCUCUAAAUAACUUUAUUCCCAUUCUUAAGACAUGUCUUCAGCCAAACAAGGAUCCCAAGAUGCAGUUAAAACUUUUCACUGUCUUGUCACAGUUGCUCCAGGAAGCGAAUGAAACCAUCAAUUCUCAAGGGCUGUUCCCUAGUUACCUUGAGAUUGUGAUAAAAGACAUCCUGGCCCCUAAUCUGCAGUGGCAUGCAGGAAGAACUGCAGCUUCCAUCCGCACUACAGCUCUGUCCUGCCUUUGGGCUCUUACUCACUGUGAGAUGCUGUCACCAGAAGAGAUGUUAAAAGUCAAAGAUGGCCUAAUGCCCCAAAUCAUUGCCUCUCUGGAUGAAGACUCUAAAAUUGCCCGGCUGUUGGCUUGUCGUACUGUUGGUGUCCUUGUCAAAGUCUGUGGGAGGCAGUUUGAUGAAGAGAAUUUUACCAGAACUUACACAGAAGUUUUAAAGCGUCUGGAUGAUGCUUCAAGUGAUGUACGAGUGGCAGCUGCUCACACCUUAACUAACUGGUUUAAAUGCCUAAAGGACAGUGCUGUGAAGUCUGCAAUGGAAACUCACAUUGAGUAUCUGUACCAAGAACUGUUGAUACAUCUUGAUGACCCAGAUGAAAACAGCCAAAAUGCAGUCCUAGAAGUUUUGAAAGAAGGAAGUGUUUUAUACCCAGAACUGCUUGUGAAAGAAAUUGAAGGGGUUGUACAUAAGCACCGAACACCAGUCUAUUGUAAUCAACUACUGCAGCACAUUCAGUCAGCCAGAGAAUCAGCUUGA